CCGAGCUGCAGACUGAGUGUUGUUCUCCGAGAGGUCGGCCUCUCUCACGUUAGCAAAUCUAUUUGGCUCCUUUGAGGCUUGAACAAACAGUAGCACCUUCACCACAGCACCCACUUUACACUUUCCAUGGUAUACAGUGUGGGUGGGCUGCCCCACCGCCUUUUUUUAAAGAGAGGACUGGUUAGUUGAGGUGUGUCCUGGCUUAACCAUUAACCUCAGGGCUUAUCCAAUGACGUUCCUCUGCUGAUCUCCUCAAAUCACUAAUGUAUGGGAGUUUCCAUCAAGCCUUUUGCACCAUUUGAUUAUUUUGCUUCUUGUUCUCUGGGGAAAUGUUGGAAAAGAUCUUAGUCCUGCUUUGUUUGCCAUCUGCUUUGGCACAACAGCUCUGUACACCAGGUGCUUCUGAUGGCUACAAAGUCAGACUCAGCAUCAUAACUGCUCUGGGAGAUCAAGCUUAUGUUUGGAACGAGAACGAAAUGUUCCUGUUCCGAGCAACUCUGGCUUUUGCCAUGAGGACUCACUUCAACGGCCAGACAUAUAAUGUGUCAAACAUCGUUGUGUGUGAUGAGACGCCCAGAGUGUCCUUCUGGUUCGUGGUGACGUCACCGCUGGACACUUCACAGCUCGUUAGCAGAGAAGAUGUGGAGGAGGCUGUCAGAAAGUCCAGGAACCGCAUCAACAGUGCCUUUCUGCUAACUGAUAAAACUCUGGAGUUCAUCGGCAUCGCUCCCACCCUGGCAGCACCAGUCUACCCUGACCCCCCCCCGUGGCUCAUUGUGUUUGGGGUGAUCAUGGGUGCUGUGGGUGCUGGCAUCAUCAUUCUGCUUGUGACCUCUGUGCUCCAAAAGAAACGCAAAAAGAACGAGAAAAGUGAAGAUGAGGAUGAUGAAGAAGAUACACGGGUGAAAACGGUGGAAAAUGGCACUGCGAGUGACGGUGUUUACAACAUGUCAUUCUCAGACGAUGAGCGAUUCACAAAGAUGUAAAACUAUCGAAACACUUCCAUGUAAGCAAAAAAUGACUAAGCUGCUCCAGGUUGUUACACUGUGAUAUUCAAUGAGCAAAAUCAUUUUAAAGUUGUAAUUUCUUAAGCAUAUGUCAUUUAACCCUUCUGUUGUCCUCGGGUCAAAUUUGAGCCGUUUUCAAAAGGUUUCUAUGUCAGAAAUAUGGGUUUCUUUUUAACCAAAUUGCCAAUAACGUGGAUGUUCCAUACAGCCCUCUUCACGAGUAAAAUAAAUGAUCAGGUCACUACUUUCAUUGAAUUUGUUUGUUAUAAUAGCAUUUGAAGAGAAAUUGAUAAAAGAACGUUAAAAACUCUUUUUUUUUUUUAUUCUGACCCAGAAAAACUAAAAGUUGCAUAGUUGACGGGAAGACAACACAAGGGUUAAAUCAUUUAAUAUUUUCUUUUUUUUCUUUUCUUUCUUUAAGUGAGGAAAUUUGCUAAACAUUUCAUUAUCUGCUGCCUUAAAAAGAAACAAGCACUUGUAAUUUUUAAUGCUUUUGAUUUUCCAAAUAAAUGUGUACAUGUUCUGCUUGGGGAUGAUCAAUUGAAUAUCUGUGUGAGGUGUGUGUGUGUGUGUGUGUGUGUGUGUGUGUGUGUGUGUGUGUGUGUGUGUAGGGAUGUUUUGCAAAAGCCUACAUCUGUGAUCUGCUCUUUGGAAAUAAAUCUGGUGACUGUACUAAUUUACCCAAACGUA